UCCUCGCGUCUGAGCUGACCCAGUGCGCGUCUGCCAGUCAGUCCCUCCGGACCCGCCGCGAGUCUCAGGCUGCCGAAAUCUCCGCGCGUCACUCGAAAGCCUCCUCCCUGUGCUCAGAGAGAUGGGGAGUGGGGAGCCUAAUCCUGCUGGCAAGAAAAAGAAGUACCUCAAGGCUGCCCUGUAUGUGGGUGACUUGGACCCAGAUGUCACCGAGGACAUGUUAUAUAAAAAGUUCAGGCCUGCUGGCCCUCUGCGCUUCACCCGAAUCUGCCGUGACCCGGUGACCCGCAGCCCCCUGGGCUAUGGCUAUGUUAACUUCCGCUUUCCUGCGGAUGCUGAGUGGGCCUUGAACACCAUGAAUUUUGAUUUGAUUAACGGCAAACCUUUCCGCCUAAUGUGGUCUCAGCCAGAUGACCGCUUAAGAAAGUCUGGAGUUGGAAAUAUAUUCAUCAAAAACCUGGACAAAUCCAUAGACAAUAGGGCCCUUUUUUAUCUGUUUUCUGCUUUUGGGAGCAUUCUCUCCUGCAAAGUCGUAUGCGAUGACAACGGCUCUAAGGGUUAUGCCUAUGUGCACUUUGACAGCCUGGCCGCUGCCAAUAGGGCCAUCUGGCACAUGAAUGGAGUGCGGCUCAACAACCGCCAGGUGUACGUUGGCCGAUUCAAAUUUCCGGAAGAGCGGGCAGCUGAAGUUAGAACUAGGGAUAGAGCGACUUUCACCAAUGUUUUCGUUAAAAACUUUGGAGAUGACAUGGAUGACGACAAACUGAAGGAACUUUUCAGUGAGUACGGGCCAACUGAGAGUGUUAAGGUAAUAAGAGAUGCCAGUGGGAAAUCGAAAGGCUUUGGAUUUGUGAGAUACGAGACACACGAGGCUGCCCAAAAGGCUGUGUUAGACCUGCAUGGAAAGUCCAUCGAUGGGAAAGUCCUCUAUGUAGGGCGAGCACAGAAGAAAAUUGAACGCCUGGCUGAGUUAAGGCGAAGAUUUGAGCGGCUGAGAUUAAAAGAAAAAAGUCGGCCUCCAGGGGUGCCUAUCUAUAUUAAGAACCUAGACGAGACCAUCGAUGAUGAAAAACUGAAGGAGGAAUUUUCUUCCUUUGGAUCAAUUAGCCGGGCCAAAGUGAUGGUGGAAGUGGGGCAAGGCAAAGGGUUUGGUGUCGUCUGCUUCUCUUCUUUUGAAGAGGCUACCAAAGCAGUAGAUGAGAUGAAUGGUCGCAUAGUGGGCUCCAAGCCUCUGCAUGUCACCCUGGGCCAGGCCAGGCGCAGGUGGUGA